CCAAGCCCAAUACCAAGUCCAAUUUUGGGGAAAAAGCCAAACGCUAGUCAGUCACUGCUUGUGUGGUGCAAAGAAGUUACAAAAAACUAUAGGGGAGUGAAAAUCACCAAUUUUACUACGUCGUGGAGAAACGGUUUAUCCUUUUGUGCAAUAUUACAUCACUUUAGACCAGACCUAAUUGACUACAAGUCCCUGAAUCCUCAAGAUAUUAAAGAGAACAACAAAAAGGCAUACGACGGGUUUGCCAGUUUAGGAAUAUCGCGAUUGCUGGAACCUUCUGACAUGGUUUUGUUAGCGAUACCUGACAAACUGACUGUUAUGACCUAUCUCUAUCAAAUAAGGGCACAUUUCUGUGGCCAGGAAUUAAACGUAGUUCAGAUAGAGGAGAACAGUAGCAAAAGCACAUACAAAGUGGGUAACUAUGAAACGGACACAAACAGUUCUGUCGACCAGGAAAAAUUCUACGCAGAGCUGAGCGACCUGAACCGGGAGCCCGAGCUACAGCCGCCAGACGGUGGCUUGGCAGACUUUGCUUCCCAGGACGACUCCGUGUUUGUAAAUGACAGUGGUGUUGGCGAAUCGGAGAGCGAGCACCAGACUCCCGAUGACCAUUUAAGCCCAAGCACAGCUUCCCCUUCUUCUCGUAGGACUCGAAGUGACACUGAUCCACAGAAAUCCCAGCAGAGCUCUGGAAGGACUUCUGCGUCUGAAGAUGUUGGGAAGUGCAGCAGUACAGAUACAAUGCAAGCACAGCCUACACUGGGAAGGAAGAAAUUGCUGAUAGCUGACACUUUGGACUUGAGUGACUUGGCACAUGUCAGUGAUCAAAAAGAGGACGUGUCUCCCACGGUUGCCUGUGAAGAUAAUGACAAGAAGAGACACCAGAGCUCAGACAGUACCAUUGGUUUCUCAGAGCAAGAAAAGCUGGGAGGUAUAGGAUCUACAGAGAGCACAAGAGCAGAUCCCAGUUUGCCUGUCACAAAGCCGAGCUUAUCUCCUACUUCGAAGCUCGGAUACCCUUAUAAUAAGGAUAUGGAUCUUGCAAAGAAGCCACAUGCUUCUCCGAGGCAAACAGAAUCUGAUUCUGACAGUGAUAGCAGAACAGCUUUAAAUCAUGCAGAUCAAACUGCUAAAACAGCCCAGCAACGUAUGUUGUCAAGACAGGAAGAACUUAAAGAACGGGCAAGAGUUCUGCUUGAGCAAGCAAGAAGAGAUGCAGCUUUAAAGGCAGGGAAUAAGCAACUAACCAAUAUGGUCAUCCCAGCCCGCAAUAAGCAGCUGAAUGAUCAGCAAGAUGAAGAGCGGCGUCGGCAGCUGAGAGAGAGAGCUCGUCAGCUAAUAGCAGAAGCUCGAUCUGGAGUGAAGAUGUCAGAACUUCCUAGCUACGGUGAAAUGGCUGCAGAAAAGUUGAAAGAAAGGUCAAAGGCAUCUGGAGAUGAGGAUGAGGAUGAUGAUAAUAUUGAGAUAGAUACUAACGAGGAGGUUCCUGAAUGCUCAGUUACUGGAGGUGGAGAUGAGCUUACUAACCUAGAAAAUGACCUUGAUUCAACGGAACAAAACAGUAACUUGGUGGAUUUGAAGCUGAAGAAGCUCCUAGAAGCUCAGCCACAGGUGGCAAAUUCACUCUCCAGCGCUGCUCAGAAAGCUGUAACUGAUAGCUCAGAGCAAGACGUUAAGAAUGGAACAGAGGAACAUCGUGCUGAGCGAUUACAAAAAGCAGCAGAACGGUUCAGAAAUCCCGUUGUGUUCAGCAAGGACUCUGCCGUCAGGAAAACUCAGCUCCAGUCUUUCAGUCAAUACGUGGAGAGCAGACCAGAGAUGAAAAGGCAGAGAUCAAUACAGGAAGAUACAAAGAGAGGAAAUGAGGAGAAGGCUGCGAUAACUGAGACUCAGAGGAAGCCAUCAGAAGAUGAAGUGCUUAAUAAAGGGUUCAAAGACACCAGUCAGUAUGUUGUAGGAGAAUUGGCAGCACUAGAGAAUGAGCAAAAGCAAAUUGACACCCGUGCCGCGCUGGUGGAGAAGCGCCUUCGCUAUCUCAUGGACACAGGAAGAAACACAGAAGAAGAAGAAGCUAUGAUGCAGGAAUGGUUCAUGCUGGUCAAUAAGAAGAAUGCCUUAAUAAGACGAAUGAACCAGCUUUCUCUUCUGGAAAAAGAACAUGACCUAGAAAG